CUGGGGAUCUGUGUCCCAGACUUGGACGGCUCAGUUCACCGAGAGAGAACCUACAGAAUGAAGGUGGUCUCAUUGCUCCUCUUCCCCACUCUGGGGCUGCUGGUGUCGGGGGAGUCCCUGUGUCCUGUGGAUGAAGCCAUCAACCAGAAACUCCAGCAAGGCACCAGCACCCUACUUCUCGAGGCUGUCAGGAACAUGAAGCUGGAGUGCCGAAGUGUCACCUCCAGGGGGGACCUGGCCACCUGCCCUGCAGGUUUCGCUGUUACUGGCUGCACGUGUGGCUCCGCCUGCGGCUCCUGGGACGUGCGCUCGGAGACCACGUGCCACUGCCAAUGCAGAGGCAUGGAUUGGACCGGAGCGCGCUGCUGCCGCAUGCAGGCCUGA